CUGUUCCCUGUUGUGUGUUUCAGGUUUAUCUCCAUCACAGAAAGAUGUCUUGCUCCAGCCUGUCCUAUCCAGAAUGCGGGGUGGCCCGUCCCAGUCCAGUUUCUGGCACUUGCAAUGAGCCGUGCAUCAGGCAGUGCCCUGACUCUGAAGUGGUCAUCAGACCAUCACCGGUUGUCGUGACCCUCCCAGGACCAAUUCUCAGCACUUUCCCGCAGCAGAGUGAAGUGGCAGCCGUAGGAGCACCUGUGGUCGGAGCUGGCUAUGGGGGCUCAUUCGGUUUGGGGGGACUGUAUGGUUCUGGAGGCCGUUAUGGAGGAUUGUAUGGUUUAGGGGGAUUUGGUGGUUAUGGGGGCCUUUACGGUUAUGGGGGAUUGGGUGGUUAUGGGGGAUUGUGUGGUUACGGGGGAGGUUACGGUUAUGGGGGAUUAGGUGGUUAUGGGGGAUUGGGUAGAUAUGGGGGAUUGUGUGGUUACGGGGGAGGUUAUGGGGGAUUGUGUGGUUAUGGGGGAGGUUACGGUUAUGGGGGAUUAGGUGGUUAUGGGGGAUUAUGCGGUUACGGGGGAUAUGGCCGUAGGUAUCGCGGUGGAUACUGUGGGCCAUGUUAAUCCCAACAGGAAUAUCCAUGAAAUAAA